ACAUCAGCAUAAAGAUAAUGCUGGAAGAUAAGAGGGCGUGCUGUCGUUGCUCAGAGCAUAUAAAGAACGGCGUGAAGAAAUAUCAGGCUACUCCGGCGCUCCCGCACUCACUAACCUGCACACUCCCGUCCAGGAACGCGACCUCCUACCACCAUGACGUUCAGCGGCACGUGGAAAGUGGACCACAGUGACAACUAUGAGAAGUUUAUGGAACAAAUGGGCAUCAACUUGGUGAAAAGAAAACUUGCAGCUCAUGAUAACCUGAAGAUCACUCUGGAGCAGACCGGCAACACAUUUCAUGUGAAGGAGGUCAGCGCCUUCCGCACACUAGAGCUGGACUUCACCCUCGGGGUCACCUUUGAAUACUCCCUGGCCGACGGCACUGAACUUUCUGGUGCCUGGGUCAUGGAGGGUGAAAUGCUGAAGGGAAGCUUCACCCGCAAAGACAACGGAAAAGUACUGACAACCACCAGGCAGAUCGUUGGUGACGAACUCGUACAGAGCUACAGCUAUGAAGGUGUGGAUGCCAAGAGAAUUUUCAAGAGGUCCUAACAUGAAGUUGCCCUGAAUCUGCACAAGUGGAUCAGAAACAUCUGCCCUCAACUGAGACCACGUUAAAAUGUCCUUUAAAAUGUCAAAUGUCUCAACCAUCGGGGUGUAUCCAGACAUCACCGUCAGCAUUGUUAUAUACAGCACAUCGGGUUAUAUUUUGCACUGUGAAUUUUGAUAUUUAAGAAAAUAAAGUCACUUCUGAGAUGUA